AGCUGCGGAGUGCCUAUUGCAAAGCCCGUGAGGGAAACCGCCGCUCAGGAGCUGCCCCCACGACCUGCCGUUUUUACAAGGAGCUGGAUGCCAUACUUGGGUGUGACCCCACUGCCAAUCCGAGGAGCACGAUGGAGAGUUCAGAGCAGGGAGAAGUGGGGGAGGGUGUAGAGGAAGCCGAGAGUGAGGCUACUGAGGUGGUGGGAGACACCCCGGAGUCCCAGGAAGCAUGCAGCCAGGAGCUCUUCUCAAGCCAGGAGGAAGCUAGCCAGUCGCAGCAGCUGAAACUUGUGGGUGAAGAAGAAGCAGAGGAGUGGGUUCCUGGUAACCCGCAGCAGCGAUAUAUCUGGCAGGAUAAAAUCCUGUGGAAAAUGUAGGGAUAGUGUUCAGUGCAGGUCCCUCCUAGCUGCUCUCUGCUUUCCCCAAUGCACAGAAACCCCAGUGAGCCCUGACUCAAGCAGCUCCCCUUCCCAGGUGAGUCGCGGCAGAAACAUUGAUUCAUUAUUCACUCAUUCCCCAUUACUCACCAUGUCUUCGCUGCUGUGGCCUCUCUGUGCUAUGUUUGCUAUGUGUAAAUGAUACUACAAAUAGUCUACAAACUUCUUCACUGUGAUUAUAAACAAUGCAGCCUCUGUAUUAAAUGUUUCUAUUUCUGUUUUUUUUUAAGUGUCCUUGAAUCCUCCGGCCCUAUCACAGCCUGCUGAAAGACUACAGAACUUGAGGAGGAAACCAAGGAAAAGCAAAGAUGAUUUGGUGAAAGCAGUUAUGAAUCAGUAUGCCAGAGAGAAUAAGAGGCUGCAGGACUGCAGAGAGAAAAUGUAUCAGUGGACGGAAACACAAAGCAGGAGAAAGGAAUUGGCUACCAAGAAAAGCACAAAGCAGCUGAUAAGCCUCCUGGCGCACCAAACGGAUUGUAUGCAGUCACUCGUAGCCAUGCAGGCAGAUCACUACCAUGCUAAACCUCCCCCCCCCGCCCAAAGCUGUCUCCUUUGUGCCCCAGUGUUUGCUCAAAACCCCCUUCUCCAGCAUCCUGGUUCUUACCACCACCAGCUGCCCCCAACACCUGUACGUUCACCUACCAGCCCUGAGAACUACGACCCUUACCCUAUGCACUCAACCCCCAUCACCAUGCCGCAUAUUAAUCCUGAAGUGCAGCAGGCAUUGCACAGCAAUCCAGGCAGGACAUAUUCAAACCUCUGAAUGUACAGUUCAGCACCCUACCCUCCUG